AUUACCUCUGGCUAGUCUACUACCAUCACUCAAAACUCUAAUCCCUAAUACCAAAUAUUCUCAGAUCCACACCUCCUACACCCCUUCCACCACCAUUACAGUUUCCCCAAAAUUAAGGGUUUAAUUCGAGGAACAUGGAUGGAUUAUCAACCAUUUGCGCUGGGCUAGGUAUAGUCGAAGAAGAUGACAAUGGGAAGCGCAUUGGAUAUGAUAAGGGAGAGUAUUGUUUAGAUAACUUGAAGGAUCUAUUAAGGUUUCUAAGGCGGGACGAUCCGGAGAAAAGGGAGUUCAAGCAAAUCUGUAAAUGGAAUACUGUGGGGAAGGAUUUGAUACCGAUUAUUGAGUAUUUCCAGGAAGACCGUAAUUUGGUGUUGAAUGCAGUGAAAGUGCUGGUAUUUCUUACUAUGCCCAUUGAGCCUACAUCGGUUGACAUAUUGCAACAAAUCGAGUAUCUUUGGGGACUGAAGUCCGCUAUUACAUUCAGUGAUAUUGUUCCAGUAAUAGUGUCCCUUCUCGAAAGCCCAUUAGAAAAUCUUGAAAGUGCAUCUUUUACGGAGGAUGACUGGAAACUUGUUCAGCUGGUCCUCACUUUAUUUCGAAAUGUCCUUGCUAUUCAAGAUAUUUCAACACAGAAAGCUGAAGGAUCAGCCACUAGGUUUCUAUUUAUUCGAGACAGCUUUUUAGAAUUAUUGUUCCAGGAGAAUGUUAUGGACCUGAUUUUGGUAUUAUCACAACACACUGGUGGUUCUCAGGGCUACCUCCAAGAUAACUUGCUUUUACUAGAGACUUACUAUCACAUAUUUAAAGGUCAAAAUCCUGAGUUGAUUGCAAAAGCAUACUCGAAGAGCUAUGAGGUUGAAUAUGAUUCCGAAAAUUUAGUUAGCAGUCUCCAGUCCAUCAUGAAAGAGGAACAAGAGAAAAGAAGGCUUACCAGAUUUCACAAUCUAAGUUGCUAUUCGAAGUUUACUGGAACAUAUACGAGAGUCACCUUGGAUGGUUCUAAAGCACUUCUGAAGGGAAACCCUUCUCCUUCUGAUGAUGCUUUGUUAAAAGGUCCUAAAGUUAUCCGAGGUCCAUCCAAACGAGAGAAGUGGGAACAUAGAGAACUACCGUACAAAAAUAAAACUCUGCAAUUACUUGAUGCUUUUAUAAGCCAAUUUCUGAUGGGAGGAUACAAUGUUCUGAUGCAGUCAAUCCGUGAAGAUAUUGAUAAAGAGCAUCUUGAGAUUCAGAGCACUGAUGUUAUCAUGUUUUUUAAGGUUGCUGAGUUUGUCACAUCUUUUCAGUAUCACAAGUGUGUAGCUUCUAAGCCUAGUAUUGAUGCUAACAAUGAGGAGACAGCAAAUUCUCUUGAUGACGAUGCCCUGUUUAAAGGUAGUAUAUGUGGCCCAAUUGCUGAAACAUUGACUGAGUCGAUGUUUCUACUGGUCAUCAAAUGGCGAUAUGCAUUUGAAGCCUUGAAACAAACAAAUGAUUAUAAGUUUCUUUCAGCAGCAGGGUCCCUUGCAAAAGUUAUGAUACGAAUGCUGGAUUUGGUGCUAAAGCAAUCCCUAGAAGAUUCAAAGGAACCUCAGACAGCUCGCAUUCUUCUAUACAAGUUAUUCUAUGAUCAAACUGAGGAAGGGCUGACUCGGUUUCUCUUGAAUCUGAUUAAAUCCUUUGACACUCAUAAACAAUCUAAAAGUGAUCUUGCCAACUUGGUGGAAACUGUGCAUGUGGUGCUGCGAUUGCUGGAAAACCUCCAAGCACGAGGCACUCUGAGGUUGAGAAAGAGAAAAAAGAAGGCAGAGACCAAGAAUGAAAAUGUUUGUGAACCAAGUGUGGGUGAUGUUAGUAUCCAGAAUGAGAUAGGCAGCUCCACUUGUGAAGAACCAAAUGAUGUCAACAUGUUGGAAACGGAGACAUUAAUAAAUGACGAAUUUAAUGCUGAGGCUGAUGAAAGCAUCAGGGAUGCCAUUAAGGUUGAUGAACCUGAAACAAAUCCAGCCAACCUGACAUGCAACAAUGCGGAGGUGGAUGACAGAAAUAUCACUGAAAAUGAUGGUCUGCAUACUGAUGAUUCUUCUGAUGAGCAGCCAAUAUUGGCAGAUGAAGUUGAUUUUAAGGUAUCUACUUUGGUAUCUGCUCUUGCUAGCAACACUAUUAUUCAGAAGUUGUGCUGGUUGCUGAAGUUCUAUAAGACCAAUUCCAUCAUGACGAAUCAUUAUAUAAUAACUGUGCUCCGACGUAUUUGUGAUGAUCUUGAACUGUCCCCGAUGCUGUAUCAGCUAUCACUCCUCACAAUAUUCUAUGAUAUCCUGGAAGAGCAGAAAUCAAGGCCACAAAAAGAAUAUGAAAACAUUGUCGACUUUUUGAAAAGUUUGACACGGAGAAUGCUGCGGAAAAUGAAGAAUUAUCCCCUUCUUUUGGUUGAAGUUCUAUUUGUGAAGACACGAAAAGAAAGCCAUUAUAUAAAUUGUGGAUCUAUGCUUAAUGAGCUAAACAGUAUAAAAAAUGAAUCUGGGGAAGGCCGAAAUGGAACCAAAAAGAGUGGAAGUGGCUUUUUUGAUGAUCAAAAAUGGGUUCGCAGGAAUUUGGCUGAUGCCCUAGGUGAUGAUGAUUAUGACAACCAAGAGGAAGAUGAUCCUUUCAAAGAAAACUUUCAGAAGUUCAGGCAAAAUCCAGCGGAAGAAAUGAUUGAAGAGAUUGCAAUAUCUGACAAGGAGAGUUCUGAAGAGGAAUCUGGCGAGCUAUCAUCAAGGAGAGGAAAUGGCCUGAUACUUACUGAUGAAAUUACUGGAAAGCUUAAGGAUCUCUAUGAGAAGUAUAAGGAUAACCCAGAAUGUAGUACGCUCAUUGCUGGAGAGCUUGAUCCAGAUGGAGAUAUUUCAAAACCACAAAUUUCUAAGUUUCUUAGACAGCUUGGACUUAAACUGCCAGCUAAAGAAAAGAAGCAGAGCUCUAAAACCUCCAAUCAACUUCAGGGAAACAAGAGGGAUGCUUCAAAAAUAAGACUCAUCCCAAUUUAA